AUGGAGAGAGGCGAGUUCUUAUGGAAAUACAGUAGAGACUAUUCCAGCGCGACCUUGCAACAGGCGGAAGAUGCAUACAAAGAAUACCAAGACUUCUAUGCUCAAUACCAUCAAAAGAAACCUGGCGCGACCACAAACUGCUAUGAAGAAUACAUCAAGACUAAGCAAGGAGGGCUAGGUGGCACGAUUAUAUCUGGUGACGAACUUGGCGAUGGGUACGAGGGCGUUGAUAUUACACGUGAAACUGUAUGCCGAAGAAUACCGACCACAGACAGAUUACUCAAAUGUUUGCUCGAUAAGCGUAUUAUCCUAGUUCGCUCCCCGCCAAUGGCCGGAAAAACGACUCUUGCUCAGCUGUUCGAGCAUACUUUACUUCAAUCAGAAGAGACGAAGAAAGGAUUACGACGUGUUUUCCGCAUUUCGUUACUAUGGAUGGUGCGUUUUGGUGAAUCGUGGGCUUUUGCUGAACAAUUUCAGUACCUUAUGAAUGGUACCAGCUGGGCAGAUUUCGUUCGUAAAAGCGAUGUCGAAACAAUUCUUAUUAUUGACGAGAUCCAAAAGAUCUACAAACCGCAGGGUGAAAAAACUGAACCUCUACAUGGCGGUAAGGCGUUUUGGGAUGUGUUCAAGAAUAUUCAACAGUAUAGCAGACUUCGUAUUGUUGCAUUUGCGUCCUACGGAUACCAUGGCGCUUAUGAAGAAAAUGGACGACCAAUGGAGAUUUCCCCGUAUCAUCUUGAUAAGGACAAUAUCUGGGAUUUCGAAGACGUGCGCUAUACUCCAUGUGAGUUUGAAGACUACUUUAACCGUUUUUGCAAGCAUAAACUCAAAACGUUGGGAGAAGCGGAUGCUCCACUACUUUCUCAAUACGUGCAAGAGGCAACCGCCCGCCAUCCUGGUCUGGUAGCAUUCAUGAUGGAUAAGAUUAAUGAACGAUUCAUCAAGCAUGAAUCUUUGACUUUCGCAAAGAUCUUUAAUUAUAUCAAAUCAUAUGGAUUUCAUGCGGCCUUCAAAGGUAUUCGUGCUGCUCCACGCUUAAGUAAUAUGACUGAUGAGGAGAAAAGUCUUGCGGAUGCUGUCCUUUUUAGAAAAGGAGGGAUCAAACUACGCCGUGAUGCAAUCCCAAAUGAUGGACGUAUCGUUAAAACGAACAUACUUACUGACACUAAUCAUGCUUCAGCGGAUGGUGAUUCAAUUCUUGACUUCCCGGCACCCCUGCUUCGGGCUAUUUACUUACAGGAUCGUCUUGGUGGACAACCUCGAGCUGAAGUAGAGCCUAAGACGUUCAGAGAGUUCAUUGUUCUGGUCUUUGGGGCAAUGAAUCCAAUGACAUUACGAAAGAGUUUAGGUGUGGGUAGAGAUGGUCGGCUUCUUGAGCGCGUAUGGCAGAUGGAGUUUUAUCGCGCAGCGAUGCAAGUUCUUCCUGUCGAUACACAUGCGUCAGUAGAUGUUGGAGCAGUCUUUGGGUCAGAUGGGUAUUUGGAUUUCUAUGUUAAUGAUAAACGUAAUUGGGCUAUUGAGCUUCUACGGGAUGGGGAUGUGUCGAGGGAACAUCAACAGAGGUUCCACGAAGAUGGUCUAUAUUCGUCAAUUCUUCAAGCCGCAAAGGAGUGGGCAAUUAUAGAUAUUCGGCAAAAAAAAGAGCUUCCACAACGAUUUGAACGGAAUUUUAUCUACGUUCGUUGUUCUGAGACAUUUGAGAAUGUUACCUUGAAAUUUGCUGACAGAACAGAGCAACUAGUUACGUUGUCGGGUACAAAUCAAUUACUUGAGAUAGAUAUUUCUUCUCUGAGAGUUGACCAUUAG